GAAGUCAAUGAUAUUGCCUUGAGUGGCAAAAUCAAAACGGCCAAUAGAACACCAUCCGUAUAUCAAGCUUCCCCCAUUAAUAAAAUUAACCCUUCAAUUCAAAUCAUAAGCCGGGCCUGGCUCCAAGUAAACUGCGACAUCUAUCCCUCAGACAAACUCGCCGGAAUUAUGGGUUGCAAUUCCUCUAGACUGGAUCGCCUCCCGGCGGUGGCUCUGUGUCGUGACCGCUGCAAAUUUCUAGAUGAAGCCCUUCGCCAAAGCUACAUCCUCGCCGAUGCUCACCUGGCACACAUGCACUCUCUCAGAACACUCGGCCCCGCUCUCUACUCUUUCUUCCGUCACCAUGAAGAUUCCGGCGACUGUGCCGACCGCAAGAUCAAAUCCAAUCCGACCAAUUCGCCUCCGCUCGUCGCUUCACCUGACCACGCCUCCUCCUCCAGUUCUGAUUCAGAUUUACUCGUCCAUUCGCAUUCUGAAUCGUCGGGAACUGAGAAUAACACAGAUAAGGACUUCCAAUUUCUUAACCCGACUCGUUAUGAUUAUCUCGACCGCGACACUGCUCCUGAUGACGUGGUUUUCAUGAAUUAUAUGCAGCCUCUGUACCCUCCUUUUUCUCCUCCCCAGCCAAACUCAAAGCCACCAUCGCCCCCUCCCCCGAGCAGCUCGGCCUGGGAUUUCUUGAACUUGUUUGAAACGUUCGAGAAAUACGACGUGCGGUACAGUCCGAGUCGUGAGAUAAAGGAGGAGAAGAGAAAAACCCAACAAGGCUCGAAGAAUGAGGCUACUGAAGCUGUAGAUGGAUCCGAUAACGGAGGGCGCAAGGCGGGCAAAGCAGAAAAUGGAGAAGCUAAAAAAGUGAAGGCUGGUUCGAGGGAGAAGGAGGAACGGGGGGCAGAAGAUAGCAGCAACUCGGCGAAAGUGAAGUCACCGAAAGGAGUGUCGGAGGUAAUGAAAGAGAUUCAGAUUCUAAUGGAGAGAGCAUCGUAUUCGGGAAGCCAGGUGUUGGAAAUGCUUGACGUCGGAAAACUCCGUUACCAUCGAAAAAUAGCCGUUAAUCCAGUUUCUUGCAAGAUGAUGCAUGUGUUUACUCCGUUAGUUUCUUCAAAGUCUCCGGCCGUUACAAGCACGGAAUCCUCACUUAUGUGUCAGAGUAAAGACGAAGGGAAUCUGCCUUCUACUUUGAAGAAGCUGUCUCUGUGGGAGAAGAAGUUGUAUGACGAAGUCAAGGUUGAAGAGAAAUUGCAUGUACUCUACGAGAAGAAAUGGAAACAGUUGAAUAGCAUGAACAAGAAAGGCAGCGAUGCCCAAAAAGUGGAUUCGCUCGAAAAUUUGAUCCAAAUUAUAUCUACAAAAAUGAAGAUUUCUAUUCAAGUAGUUGACAAAGUAUCAAAUACAAUAUGCAAAUUAAGGGAGGAAGAGUUGUGGCCGCUGAUCAACGAGUUUAUUCUCAGGUUUCUUGGAAUGUGGAAAGAGAUGCUCGAGUGUUACAGACGCCAGAAGGAGGGAAUUGAAGAAGCCAAGAGGUUAGAGGCGUGGUCAUUCAACGGAAAGCUAAUUAGCAGAGAGCAAGUAGAUGCAGCAAUAAGACUGAAGUGCGAGCUGCAGAAAUGGAACACAAGCUUCUCGGAGUGGGUUUACGCCCAAAAGUGUCACGCCAAAGCUUUAAACGGUUGGCUCCAGAGAUGGCUGCCGGACGAGGGCGGAGAAGAAACAGGGUGUCCAUCCGUGUUGGUGUUGUGUGACAAAUGGUCGCAAGCAGCGGACAGCAUGGGGGAGAAGAACGUGAUAGAAGGCGUGAAUGAGUUCAUUUCGGGAGUGAACGAGCUGUUGGAGAAGUACAUACGAGAACUUCAGCCCAGAGUAACAGCGGACAAGGAGUUGGAAAGGAGAGUGAAAUUGGCGGAGAGGCAGGAGCAGAAGAUGCACAGGGCGGUGCGAGCUCGAGAGGGAAACACCCAAGAAUCAGAAGGCGCCGUGCGUCAUGCUCUACUUUUUCAAAGUGGCACUGCCACCCUUCCCUCCGCUCUCUCCCACAUGUUUGCUGCCUUGCACCACUUCGCCGCCGUUUCUGCCUCCGCAUACCAACAACUGCUUUCCCACCACAUUCAACUCCACACCACCCACGCUCUCCAUUAGUUCUUUUCUUACUGUUCCCAUUGCAUUCUCUUCUAAUUUAACUUUCCCUUAAAAAUAAUACGCAUAUUCUUCCGUUA